CCACCUCAGUGCUUUGACUUCUGACGCGUUCGAUGUUGUCGUGGGUGCAAUAGUCGAAUAGCGAGUGGUGGUGUGUAGCAGCCACUUUUUUUUCAGCCGUAUGCUGCGUGAUAAUGAGCGGAAGUUGAGUGUUUUUGACUGGGAGUUAUUGUUGCUAUAUUUUGCAACCCGCAAUUCCUGUUUCCUGCUGUAGGGCCGUCGUUUCACAGCUUAUGUGGAUCACAAGCUGUUAACUUUUGCGAUGUCGAAGGUUACAUAGCCUUGGUCAGCUUGGCGGUCAUCUCCGAGUUUAUGACUGACAUUCAGCACGUGGCUGGGAAGGCCAACCCAGUCGCUGACAAUCUGUCUCGGGCACUUAUGUCUCCUGUGCAUUUCAUAAUAGAUUUUUUUGGUAUUGCCGCAGACUAGCCUGAUGACCCGGACAUCCUCUCACUUAGGCCUGCAGGUACGGCCCUCAAGUUGGAGGACGUGGUAAUGCAGGAUGGCGGUCCCACUCUCUUCUGCAACGUGUCCACAGUUUGUCCCCAGCCUUUGAUUCAGAUUUUUGACUCGAUUAACUCCCUCUCCCACCCAAGCGUUCAUUCAAGCUGGUCGGGGAUGUCGAGGAGUGGGAGCCACUUGUGUAACAUGUCAGCGCGCCAAGGUCCAGCAGCACACGAAGACCCCACUCUAACCGUUUUCAGUACCUGAUAGGUGGUUUGACCAUGUGAACAUGGACCUAGUUGGUCCUCUCCCUCUGUCGCAGGGUUUUACACACAUGCUUACAAUGGUGGAUUGGACCACCAGAUGGCCGGAGGCGGUUCCCCUGGCAUCCUCCAUCUCUGCAGAUGUGGUUCAUACAUUCGUGUCGGCCUGGGUUGCAUGUUUUGGCACGCCACCAGAUAUCAUCUUUGACAGGGGCCCUCAGUUUCUGUCGCCGCUCUGGUCUGGGCUGGCCACGUUGAUAGGUGUGCAGGUGUCUUAGUUUUACACAAUAAACAGUGAAUGACAUAAAUUACAUCGAUACAUGACCCCCAUCAGCACCACCCCGGUCCGCGGAGAUUUGUGGGAACACGAGCCGGGCCGUGGGUCCAAAAAGGUUGUGGACCACUGAUUCAAGUAGGAAAAAAAUCAAGAACAGAAAAAGCUGCACAAAUGUGGCAGAGAAACAAAUUAACAAAGGUCGCUGCUGAGAACCAAGCAGGGUACAACACGUAACAAAACUACACUCACCACUACCGGAGAAAAGCCAGGUAGGAAUAACUGAGGUAGGAAAAGUAUACUCAAGGGACCAGAAAGAAGCUAGAUGCAUGAGCUUGUUGCUAGUAGGCGCAAAUGACUGGCAAAGAGCGGGUAACAAUCUGGCACUGUUUGUGUGACUGACUGCUGCUUAAGAAGAUCCAAGGUAAUUGGCUGCAGGUGUGUCCAAUUAGGCCCUCCUGGCAGGCUCAGAGAUGUGUUGCAACAAAUAACAAGCAGAGGGUAGCAGAGCAGCACACAGGACAUGACAUAUAUACAUAGUAUUUUUUUAUUCAUCCAAAGGAGGCAUGCUUUAAAUAAACACAAAUUAUCAGGCAUCCUUGUGUAAAUUUUGAGUAUCUUGAUUAUCUCAUAAUCAAGCUGGGCUGACUGUUCUGGUUUUCGGUAAGUAAAAUAUGGUCACCGUAGCAUAGACUGAACUCAGUGAUGUUUUCUUUAAAAUUAAAGAACUGGUGCUUUGAUGAUGCUGAUGAUGUAGCUGCUGAUGACAACGAUGUUUAUUUGACACAGAAUGCCGCCACGAUGUUGGAAUCCUGCUUCAUGUGACUUUCGCUGACACUUCAACAGGAGCCAAAAAUAUUGAGAAAUGGCAAAAAUUCAAGAUGAGUUACAAUGGUAAAGUUUCAUACAAGUCUGGCUCUGUGUAUAAUGAACUACGCCGAACAAGAGAACUUAGCGAUGCAAUCCUUAUAGUGGACAAAGUUGAGUUUCAAAUCCAUAAAAUCAUCCUUUGCAACUGCAGCCCAUACUUUGGAGAACUUUUUCUGCGAUGGUCAACCCCAGACCAGAAGGUCUAUGUCAUACAUGGUCCAACACCUCCCUUAAUGCAGCUCCUCAUUGACUUUGCAUACACAGGCUCUGUGUCAGUGACAAAAGACAAUGUUAAGGAUCUGUUAGUAGCAGCUGAUAAGUUCAAUGUGACAGGCAUUGUUCAAACCUGCUGUACAUUUCUAACAGAACAGCUCUGCCCAGAGAACUGCAUUGGCAUCUGGCAGUUCACAAAGAACUGUUACACCCCAGAGCUGCAGCUCAAGGCCUACCAAUACAUCCUUUACCACUUUGAGGAAGUUGCAACCGCUGAUGAGUUGCGGCAACUGUCUACGCAGGACUUCUGUGACAUCAUUGACAGAGAUGACCUGAUAGUGAAAAAGGAAAACAUUGUUUAUGAGGCCAUCCUCCACUGGAUUGCACACGCACCAGGAGAGCGUAGCGAAAACAUUGCAGUGCUCCUGGCAAAGGUGCGUUUAGCGCUGAUGAGUCAGGAAUUCAUCACCAUCAAUGUGUUGACCAAUCAGCUGGUGCAGAACAGCAGCAAAUGUCUCGACAUGGUUGCUUUUGCUACACGAGUGAGGCGACACAUGACAUCAAACUCUCUAUCUGGAUAUUGCAACCUUGUCGCCCGUCCUCGCCUACCUUCUGCCAUCCUGUUGGCGAUUGGAGGCUGGAGUGAUGCAAAUCCAACACACCACAUUGAGGCAUAUGAUGUGCAAGCCAACUGUUGGGACUAUCUUGUAGAGAGUAUGCAACAACCCCGCGCUUACUGCGGUGCUGCCUUUCUCAAUGACUCCAUCUACUGUGUGGGUGGCUUUGGUGGCGCUGUACAUUACAAUACUGUCAGCUGCUUUGACCUGACCACACGCACGUGGAAGGAAGUGGCGCCCAUGCACUACCAUCGCUGUUAUGUGAGCGUGACUGUGCUAAAUGGAUGCAUCUACGCAUUAGGAGGCUAUGAUGGACGUGCAAGACUAAGAGCUGCUGAAUACUACAGACCUGAGACCAACCAAUGGACUCUUAUUGCUAACAUGCAUGAAAAGAGGAGUAAUGCCAGUUGCACAACCCUCAACAACAAGGUUUACAUUUGUGGUGGUUUUAAUGGAAAUGAGUUCUUGCAAACAGCAGAGUAUUACAGCCCAGAAACCAAUGAGUGGACAAUGAUGACCCCAAUGAGCAGCCGUCGUAGUGGAAUUGGAGUCAUUGGGUUUGCUGACCAUAUUUAUGCAGUUGGCGGUUAUGAUGGUGAUGUGCGUCUGGCCAGUGCCGAGGCUUACAACCCCCGAACCAACAACUGGAUCAUCUUGCCCCCCAUGCAAUGCCCCAGAAGCAACUUUGGCAUUGAAGUAGUUGAGGAUCGCCUCUUUGUUGCUGGAGGUUACAAUGGCGUCUCCACAAUCAACCACGUUGAGUACUACGACCUAUCGACUGGUCUGUGGUCUCCGGCCAGUGACAUGGGGAUCUCCCGUAACGCUUUGACUUGCUGUGUAAUCACUGGAUUUCGCAAUGUGAGCCAGUAUGCUAUGCUUCGGAACAAUUUACCAGUGCUGUUGUUGGAAGACGAUCUGACAAAGGAGGACUCUAUCUAGACCGUGGGGUGAUGCCAACCUCAAUAGAAACUUUGAAAACCUUUUCAAAAACUGACAAAUUGGAUUCACGA